ACGAAGACCACGUGCUAUGGUUUGUCGGAGAAUUGUCGAAUUGACGAUCUUAAAGUCAUAUGAUUGACAGCAAAUAUAGCAACACAUAUCUCAAUUCUAUUUCCCAGAGCCACCAAACGUGCAUUGAGUUUGGAUCGAUAUCUGAAGUGAAGAUUGAAGACGUGAUAGAAGAUGGACGACUACUGCUAUGCUAAGAUGGCGACGUCCGCUAAAAGAGAAAGUGAAAGUGAAUCAGCGCCAACAACUUCCAGAAAAUCACCAACGGACAUAAAGACGAAAGAUGAAGACGUCCAGCAGCUGAUCGGUAAUCCAGAAGAAGUUUCCCCUCAAUCAGGGGGGAGCUCCACUUUGAAGCAGGAGACUCCACAACCACCCUGCAUUAAAACAGAAGAGGAGGAACUCUGCAUCACUCAGGAGGGAGAGUGUCUUCUAGGACGAGAGGAAGCUGAGUACACCAAGUUUCCACUGAGUAUUCUCUCUGUGAAGACUGAAGAUGAUGGAGAGAAACCACAAGUAGACAACCUCUUAGCUCCACUAUCAGAUAGUGAGGCUGAAGACGAGGUUGAAGAAGCUUUGAGCAGCGAUAAAGACUGUGAAGGUGAUAUGAGGACUCACACUGACAACAAACACUCUGAAUGCUCUACAAAGAAGAGCGGUAAAACAUGUUUGAGCUGCUCAGUUUGUUUUACUAAAAAGAGCCAUUUGACUCAACAUAUGAGAACACACACAGGUGAGAAACCAUUCUAUUGCUCAGUUUGUGUCAUAAGUUUUUCUCGAAAUAGCGAUUUGACUCAACACAUGAGAACACACACAGGAGAAAAACCAUUUAAUUGUUCAGUUUGCGGCAAACGCUUUUCCCGAAAUAGCUAUUUGACUAAACACAUGAGAACACACACAGGAGAAAAACCAUUUAAAUGUUCAAUUUGUGGCAAACUCUUUUCUCGAAAUAGCUAUUUGACUCAACACAUGAGAACACACACCGGUGAAAAACCAUUUAAUUGUUCAGUUUGUGGCAAAAGCUUUUCUCAAAAUAGCCAUUUGACUGAACACAUGAGAACACACACAGCUGAAAAAACAUUUAAGUGUUCAGUUUGUGGCAAAAGCUUUUCUCGAAAUAGCAUAUUGACUCAACACAUGAGAACACACACAGGAGAAAAACCAUUUAAUUGUUCAGUUUGUGGCAAAAGCUUUUCUCAAAACAGCAUUUUGACUGAACACAUGAGAACACACACAGGAGAAAAAACAUUUAAGUGUUCAGUUUGUGGCAAAAGCUUUUCUCGAAAUAGCAUUUUGACUAAGCACAUGACAACACACACAGGAGAAAAAACAUUUAGUUGUUCAGUUUGUGGCAACAGCUUUUCUCGAAAUAGCUCUUUGACUCAACACAUGAGAACACACACAGGAGAAAAACCAUUUAACUGUUCAGUUUGUGGCACAGGCUUUUCUCAGAACAGCUCUUUGUGUCGACACAUGAGAACACACGCUGGAGGAAAACCUUUUAGUUGUUCAGUGUGCUGUAAAAGGUUCCCACAUAAUGCAGCUGCAGUAAAACACAUAAGAACCCACAAGGUAAAAUAUAUAUCAAUCCCACAAAAAAGUGCCAACUUUUACUCCUCAGACUGAUUGAUGUGCAAAUCAGAGACUUAUGAACAAUUAUCCCCCAACCCCCACCUCCCUCAACAUUCGGGCAUAACAGGUUCAAACCGGCCCGUGUGAUUAGUUUGCAAAGAGUAAAAGUUAAACUGCUGUUCUAAAUGUGUCCACUGGAUGUCGCAAUAUCAAUUCUGUUAGGCAAGCAAAUAGAUAGUUCCGGGGCGAGUAAGUAUACCAGGCAAGAGGUACACGGUCUUUAUUAAAGGAAAUAUAUAUAGUAGGGCUGGGCGAAAUAUCGAUAUACUGGAUAUAUCGCUGGUUUGUCUCUGUGCGAUAUAGAAAAUGACUAUAUGGUGAUAUUGGAGUAUACGUUCUCACACAGUUGCUUUUAGCUGCAGGCAUUACACUACAGGCUCUUCUCACUCUUUCUUGACUCUCCUUCUCACAGAGACAUAAAACAAGUGCACCUUCUUACAUACGUCACAUACGUAUACGCCCUCGCUGAGCAGAGAGGUAGCAGCAUGGCUAAAGUUAGCUGUCGUGCGAGUGGUAAUACGAGAGAGAGAAGGUGCGAAUCUGGUAACAAAUGAAGGAAGAAUUAAUUCCCCAGAAAAACAGCAGGGGGUCCAUCGUCUGCCGGUGGUUUGGCUUCAAGCGGGAAGAUGUCGAACAGACAACCGUAAUUUGUCAAGUAUGGGGCGAAAGCGUUUCUACAAAAAGUAGCAUUACUGCUAAUAUGUAGCAUCAUUUGAAAAGUCACCCGCUACAGAAUGAAGAGUGUUUGAAAGUCCGCUUGUCAACAUCUUCGUUCAGUGCCACACCCACAAAAUGCCCAAGCAACCAUUUCCAGAUCAACACUGUAUGAAACAAAUACUCAACAACAGAAGGAGAUAAUGUCCGCAGGAACCUACCACAUAGUGAAGGACAUACACUAUUUGAUUUCCUAUUAUGCAGCUCAUUUUUAUUUGACACUUGUUGAAAUAUCUUGUGUGACAUCAUGCACAAAAGUACACUAAUAGCUUUGUUUAAAAUGUCUCUGACAAUCUUUCACUUUCUGUUUUGGAAUGACAUGAAUGUUUGUGCCACUGCUUAA